AUGGACUCCCCAGGGCGCGCUGCCUUCCUGUGCACCAGCACUGCCGCCUUCCACCCACCCGACUGGGCGUGCAUGCCAGUCGAGGCCAACUCCCAUGCAAGACUCGAGGCCUUUCGGGACAGUCGCCACUGCGCCACGUACAUGGUGGCUACACAGCGUGUAAACAUUUUAGGUCGCGACCAGGAGAGCUGCGAUCACGUGCUUGGUAACCCGUCGGUCUCCAGGAAACACGCGGCCGUCAUCCACGACAACGAGGGCGGUAUUUAUAUGGUGGACCUUAUGUCGCGACACGGGACGUACGUGGGUCGCAAGAAGAUUCCACCGCAUGAUCCUUUUCUUCUGCACGAGGGAGAUGUGGUUCGAUUUGGACAAAGUGUACGCGUAUACAUCCUGAAGGGUGCAAGCAAGAAAGGCAGCAGCAGACCUGUGAAAAAGUCGUGGGGACGCAAACUACGAGUCCCUCACGUUAGUAUCAGUGCUGUGGUUCCGAAGCGAAGUCCUAGUAAACCGAAGGCUUCAUCUGCCGUGACGAAAUUGGUGAACGCGGUUUGUUACGGUACUCUGAGGGACGAGAAGAUAGUGAUGUUUGUUACGGGCGUAUUGGAGCUUGGGGACGAAGACAGACAGGGAGUUGCAGACACGCUGGUGGAGAGGCUCCAGGCCAAAUACGAGUUCUACGCUACCCACAAUGGCUACGCGCCUCCUGUCGGUUUCGCGAUUGGCAAUGGAGCGAAGCCACCUCCUAUGAAGAGUACUAAGGGAUCAGGCUUCAACUUUAUUGGGCAACCAGCACCAGAAGCGACGAAACCUGACGGAUCUGCGUUUGGAUUCAUUGGUGGAGCCAAUCCUGUGGAUGAUUCUUCGUCUCGAACUAGCUCAACAGAUCGACCUUCAGGCCAAUCCGCCACUGGGUCCGUUGCUAAGACCCCUGCUGUUGCUGCUGAGGAUUUCUUGGUGGAGCAUCCAUCGGUGGAUGAUUGUGACUUCGAGGACAUGUGGGAGUCAGCGAACGACGAAUCAGAGGAAUGGUCGGUGGAUCUCGGCUCCGUAGACGCCCACGAGCUGGAUCCGCGCGAUCUCCAAGCGUUCUUACAGUCGUACCGGCUGAUGUGUGCGUCUAGCAAGAAGGUUGGCGGACAGCAGCAGUGGCUGUUUGUUGCCGAGCAGAAGUCCGAGGGAACUCUGUUCUUGGUGGAUAUCUCUGUCAUGCCAGGCUUGACCGACAUGUCUGUGACGCUCAAGUGGAUUGUCAACUCAAUACUCUACAGAAACGGCCACGUCAUCUUCAUGGAGAUCCUUAAGGAUGCUCUCCAACAGUUCGCGGAACAAGCUCUAGUGCGUCCUGUAAGAGCAUUUCAGCCCCAGCAUGACCCAGCGCAGAUUAAAGCCCAGCAGCAGCCUCAAAACGGAAGAGAACCCGAGCCAAUCAAGCUCCAAACAACCCCCUACACGGCGUCCCACUCAGCGUCUCGUACUGCGUCUCACGUCACAUCCCAAGACGACGAAGAGGAUUUUGACGAUGAUGAAGACGAGAUGUUAGCACGCGAUUAUUUGGCCGAAAAUCCUGCGAUUGACGCGGCAAAGUUUGAACAGGUUUGGGCCACGGCAACGGAAAUCGCUUCAUUGUCAUAUUCUUUGAACGAAAUGCCCGAGGUGGAUGAAGUUAUUGAGUUCUUCCGCAGCAACUGCCUGAGCUGUUUGGCAAGCGGAAGCAUGGACAAGCUGGUCAAGUUCUUCUUCUUCGCGGAAAUGACCGAGCUCCAGUGCGUGUUUUGUGUCGAGAUGUCGAUCGCUGUGGACACUGGCGCCUUGGAAGGAACCGUAAAGCGGUUAGCCGUCCACGAGCGUAGCGAAGAGGAGGAGGAGCAGAUUGACUCGAGUUUUGUAAGUUACAUUGAAGAAGUUCUCCAGGAGCUAUAGGAGAAUGUCAACUUCGAAUCAAUUCAGCAAGUGUGAGUGGAAA